AACUAGGUCCUUUAGGAACUUUUUUUUUUUACAGUCAUUUGAAAGUCCAGUCUGUCGUAGACAAUGUCAAGCCACCUUUUCAUAAGAACCUUUCAGUGAAGAGCUUCAUCAGACCAAUAUUUCUGCAUGAAGCAGAGAGCAUAACCAUCUGAAGAUGUCUCCUACAACACUUUUUCUAUAUGCAUUUUUAAUUUGGAUUGGACUACAAUUUGUCCAGACAAAAAUCUACACAAACCGCUGGGCGGUUAAAAUAACUGGUGGUCCUGAUGUUGCUGAUCUUAUUGCAGGAAAGUACGGAUUUGUGAACAUGGGCCAGAUAGGUGGGCUAGUGGACCAUUACCAGUUCCAGCACAGCGGAAUUAUCAAACGGUCCACAAUUAAAAGCAGAGAAAACCACAGUCUCAUCGCCACGGAGACCAAGUUGAAGUGGAUCCAGCAACAGAUGGUUCAGAAGAGAGUAAAAAGAACUGACACAAUGGACCAAGCCCACACCGCGGGCUUAAACCCACGCCAGACAGUUUCAAUUAUGGUUAUGGGUGUGCACUGUGAUCACAACUGCUUGACCGACGUGAACAUUCAGGCUGCCUGGCGUAGGGGCUAUACUGGGAAAGGGGUUGUUGUUUCCAUUCUGGAUGAUGGUAUAGAAAGACAGCAUCCAGAUCUAAAACAGAACUAUGAUGCACGAGCCAGCUAUGAUGUUAACGACAAUGAUCCCGAUCCAACACCACGUUAUGAUGCAACCAAUGAAAAUAAACAUGGGACAAGAUGUGCUGGUGUGGUGGCUGCCUCUGCAAACAAUUCCCUCUGCAUUGUUGGAAUUGCCUACAAUGCAAAAAUUGGUGGUGUGCGCAUGCUUGAUGGCGAUAUGACUGAUAUGGUGGAAGCCCAAUCCCUCAGUCUGAAACAGCAGUAUAUUGACAUCUACAGCUCCAGCUGGGGUCCAGAUGAUGAUGUCAGAACAGUAGAUGGCCCCGGCCCUCUUGCAAGACUCGCUCUGGAAAAUGGCAUCCGCAAAGGCAGAAAGGGCCGUGGCUCCAUCUUUGUGUGGGCAUCAGGAAAUGGUGGGCAGAGUCAAGACCACUGUUCAUGUGACGGUUACACCAACAGCAUUUACACCAUCUCAGUAGGCAGCACCACUCAGAGUGGCCGAAAGCCGUGGUACCUGGAGGAGUGCUCCUCUACUCUGGCCACAACUUACAGCAGUGGAGACAGUCACAGCUUAGGCGUUGUGACAACAGAUUUGAGGCAGCGUUGCACUGAUGAGCACUCCGGCACUUCAGCAUCGGCCCCCAUGGCUGCAGGAAUCAUUGCCCUAACACUGGAGGCAAAUGCUUCAGACUGGCAGAGCAAUGGAGCUGGUUAUGAUGUUAGUCACCUUUAUGGGUUUGGCUUGAUGGAUGCUGAAGCCAUGGUGAAGGAAGCAGAGACCUGGAAGCAGGUGCCUCCUCAACACGUGUGUGAGGAAAACGUAGUCCAGACUGACAGGAUCAUCAGUGCAGAGAGGGUGUUGAGGUCAGUGUUUAAGUCCUCAGGCUGCUCUUCUCAGCGUCUGCAGUGGGUGGUUUAUCUGGAGCAUGUGGUUGUACGUGUCACAAUCACACAUCCUCAUCGUGGAGACCUGUCAAUCACACUGACAUCACCCUCUGGAACCAGAUCUCAGCUUCUCACAAACAGACCAAAUGACCACUCCAGUGAGGGUUUCCUUAAGUGGGAAUUCAUGACGACUCACUGCUGGGGUGAAAGACCAGCAGGAGACUGGAUCCUGGACAUCAGGGACUCACCAUCUCCACGAAGAAACAGCCGAUUACAAGGGAAACUGGUAGAAUGGUCCCUGGUGCUUUAUGGAACAUCCACACACCCAUACAUUCGACAUGAGCAGCCUCGCUCUGCCCCGCUGCUCCCUGAAGAUGACACCACAGAGGAGUACAAUGGCUCUUGUGACCCAGAAUGUAGUGAGGAUGGUUGUGAAGGACCUGGACCCCAUCAAUGUGUUUCCUGCUUGCACUUUUUCCUAAAGUUCAAAAAUAACACAAGGACCUGUUUGUCCAAGUGUCCGAGCGGGUACUGGGGGGAUAAGAAGAGGUGUAAAAAGUGUUACUCCUCCUGCAAGUCAUGUUUGGGCAGCCGCAGUGAUCAGUGUACAGCCUGUAAAUCUGGAUAUCAUCUGAAUGAGGAAAAGAACAACUGUGUAACAAACUGUGAGGAUGGCUACUAUCUUUACCACGAGGAAAACGUGUGUAGGAAGUGUAGUAUUGAGAACUGUAUGAAAUGCACAUCAGCCUCCAUUUGCACAGAGUGCUCUGAUGGCACAAGUCUGGUGGGGAACAGAUGUCAGAAGAGUUGUGAGGUGGGCCGUUACUACAGUGAGCCGGAGGACUCAUGUGAGCCCUGCCACCCAGCCUGUGCUACAUGUGCUGCUGCAGGCCUAGAGUCAUGUAAUCGCUGUGCUGAAGGCUACUUGAUGGAGAACUGGAGAUGUGUGUCCUCCUGCAGUCAAGGUUUCUACGCUGUACAACUGAACUCUGACAGCACAGACACUCAGAGCACCUGUAAAAGGUGUGAUGCAAGCUGUCUGGCUUGUGUCGGGCCAGGUAAAGAAAACUGCAGUGAGUGUGUAGAUGGACACACACUACUGGAUGGUGUGUGUGUUCUCAGCCACAACUGUGUUGAUGGGGAAUAUCAGGAUGAGAGUGGAGAGUGUCAGCCAUGUGAUGAGUCCUGUUAUAAAUGUAAAGGUCCAACAAGUGUGGACUGCCUCAGCUGCUCCAACACACAUUGGCUUGAUGAGGGUCGAUGUGUGGUCAGCUGCUCAGAUGGGCAGUACCCAUCCAGUGGACAGUGUCACCUCUGUGAUCACACUUGUGCUCAGUGCGGUGAUGCUGGUGCUGCUAACUGUACCAGCUGUGAUACAGAUAAGUUUGGAGUGGACCGGUACCUGUUCCGUGGUGAGUGUGUGGAAGUGUGUCCUCAGGCUCAUUUCCACACAGCGCUGAAAGCAUGUGAGCCGUGUCCUUCACACUGCAAACUCUGUUCUUCAGCCACACACUGCAUCAGGUGUGAGGACUCCUUCUACAUCAACGACGGAGUCUGUAAUAAACUGGAGUGUGGUGAAGGGGAGGUAGAAGACCCAGAAUAUGAUGACUGCAUGUCAUGUGAAGAGGGAUGUAAUAAGUGUGUUCUUUAUAAUCCCAAACACUGUCUGGCCUGCAUUGGUGGAUAUUACAAGUUUGAAAAGGGCUGCUAUAAGCACUGUCCUUCUAAGACAUACACAGUGGAGGAGACCAUGAGCUGUGUAUCCUGUGAGCAUGACUGUGUCAGCUGUGAUGAAGACGAGUGCUACUGGUGUGAAUCUGACCUCUUCCUGUCAGAUGGGAAGUGUGUGCGGGAAUGCCCCAAUGGUUUCAAUGGUGAUGAAGAUUCUCAGGAGUGUGAGGAAUGUCACUCAGACUGCAGGACAUGCAGUGGGCCAGAGGACAGUGACUGUGACAGCUGCGUUGAUGGAUUUAUGCUUGAUAAUGGAGCAUGUGUGCCUGAACGGGAUGUCUGCCCUGCCCAGACAUUCCUCAGUGAUGAUGGGGAAUGUGAGGACUGUCACACGUCGUGUGAAUCCUGCUGGGGGAAAAUGAAGACUCAAUGCAACACCUGUAUCAAAGGGAGAUAUCUGAAUGCAGAUCAGAUGUGUGUGGUACGAUGCCCGACAGGCAGCUUUGGCAGUAAGGAGAGUGGGCACUGUGAGACUUGCCCUCAAGGUUGUGCACAGUGCCAGGAUGAGCAGCUCUGCACACGCUGCCAGUCAGUAAGUAAAAGCACUCUUUAUUUGCAGGCCGGCCAGUGUGUGCGCAAGUGCACAAGAGGGUACCCUGUGGGUCAGGUGUGUAAGAGCUGUGCAUCUGGUUGUACAUCCUGUGAGAAUGCAACACACUGUCUGAGCUGUGAGGAGACGCUACUGCUCCACAAACAUGAGUGUGUGGAGAGAUGUCCGCCUGGACACACAGUGAGGAACGGGGAGUGUGUGCAGUGUCCAGAGAGCUGUGUUAUCUGCUCUGAGGAGGGACUCUGUACAGAGUGUAAAGAAGACUUUUUCCUGCAUGCGGGUCAGUGUAUAGUGGUGUGUCCUGAUGGGUUUUUGGAAGACACUGAUCAAGGCAUUUGUGAGCGAUGCCAUGCCGACUGUGAAUUAUGUGAUGGGCCCGAACCAAACAACUGUGAUUCCUGUUCCGACACUGACCACACACUGUACAGAGCAUGUCUAGCCCCCUGCCACACACAUACUUACAGGGAAAGCAGGUCCGGAGAAUGCAUGGCCUGUGACAGUUCCUGUUUAACCUGUUCUGGUCCUCAUGACACAUCCUGCACCAGCUGCCCUGAGGGCAUGGCGAUGGAUGCCCACGGGCGCUGUGCUACACCCACCACAUGUCCCUCUCACCACUACAGCAACCAGGAUGGAGAAUGUCACUUGUGUCACAAGUAUUGCCAUGAGUGCUCUGGCCCACAUCAGGACCAGUGCCUCAGCUGCAACCAGAACCACUAUCUACUCAAUGGCAGCUGUGUGAAUCAGUGUCCAGAUGAAUUCUUUAGGGGGGAAACACAGCGCUGUGAGCCCUGUCAUCCUAACUGCCUCACCUGCAUGGGGCGGCACAGCCACGAGUGCCUGAGCUGCAGAGCUCACCUCUACAGAGAUGCCAAGGAAUGUGUGGACACAUGCCGCUCUGGUCACUAUCCCUCAGCUGUCUCUAGGAUGUGUGAGCGUUGUGAUGAGAGCUGUGGGGAGUGUCUUCAGGAUGGUGCUGAUGUGUGUGUGAGCUGCAGAGAGGGAAUGGUGUUUAUCAGGAAACAGGGGCGCUGUGUGUCUUACUGUCCUGAUGUGUACUACCAUGAUGUACACCAUAAAACAUGUGAAGCCUGUCACCUCAGCUGCAGAACAUGCACAGGCAAGAGUGUUGAGGAUUGUGACUCAUGUCACCCAGGUUAUACAUUCAAACAGGGUGUUUGCGAGUCACCCUGUAUCACUGGAGAAUACGCUGAGCCUGAGGAACAGGGCUACAAGUGUGAGUCAUGUGAUAAGUCCUGUUUAGAAUGCAAAGGUCCUGGGCCUCAUAACUGCACCAUCUGCCCAGCACAGUUCAUUCUGACCGCAGGGGGGCGCUGUCUGCCCUGCUGCACCAAUGAAGAACAGGAAGACGCAGCUGAAGUUCAGCGGGAGUGCUGUAACUGUACUGAAACCAGAGGUGAGUGUGUGCUCAGCACUAACUUUGCUUUUUGUAAUCAUGAGGAGAGGGAAAACAUUUUGUAAUUGUGAGUGUUAGUAAAUACCUCCAUUCUGCUUGUUUUCGCCUUACUUGCUGUAAUCAUCCUCAUUAAGCGUUCUCUUUCCAAACAACCCAUGCCUGAGCCUUCUGUCCCACGCCGGUAUGAAAAACUGGGCCAUGGUGGUGGCAAAGACAGCUUCUACAGAGGCACAUCAUCAUCCACCUCUGCCUAUGGUGGUCAAGCAAGCUCAAGUUCUGGACGGUUCCGUGAGUCGCAGCUGGUGGACCUCGGUGAUCAGAAGGGGAAUCGGGAUGAUGAUGAUGAAGAUGAUGAAGACGAAGAUAUUGUGUACAUGGGACAGGACGGCACUGUGUAUCGCAAAUUCAAAUAUGGGCAGCUGGGAGACGAGCAGGAGGAUGAGUUAGAAUAUGACGAUGAGAGCUACAACUACCGAUAACUUCUUCAGCUGUUUUAAAUGAAAAUAUAUUCUGCAGGCUUACUGAAAUUUGUCACUUAGAAUGCAAAAGCAACAUAUAUAAUUAAAACAAAAUGUCUUGACAGUUCAGCAAAGUUUUGAUCUGAAAUGUGAAUAAUUAUUGUUUGUGAUGAUAUAGUAACAAUGACAACUUGUAGCUUAAGAUUUCAUUCAAUAGUUAUCUCAGCUGCUCGUCUUUUCUGAUCGUUUUAUCUUUCAGCUGUUAUGAAGACUUGUAUUGUUCUACCUGUGUGAGUGAAUGUUUUGGAAUGUGUGCAUUCUAUCAGCAGUCCCUGUGCAGUACUUGUCUUUACAUGAUAGUAGCAGAAGUACAAAGCAUCCCAGAAGUGCAAACAAGUACAAAUUCCCCCCUUGUGAUUUUGGCCUUGGUCAUUUUUUGUUGUGAAAGUGUGUCAGUUAUAAAUUUUAAUAAAAGCAUAACAACGUGUUAAUUUUCUAUUUAAGUAUAAAUUUUGGAUAUUUCAUUUAUCCAAAUCCAGAUUCUACUUUUGUCCCUCCAGUUACAUUUGUGUCUUCGUCAUAUUUUUUAAACAUAAUUCCAAACUAUUAAAAUGGUAUUGAACCAAAUUUUAUGACGGUCAUUUUUUACUUAUCAAAUAAUAAAAGAAUAUCAAAGGAAAUUAUAUUAUAUUUGAAUGUGAUUAAAAAUCUUAUCU